ACUGCGGAGUGCGGAACGAAACACCUGCGGAUCGCUGUUUCCUCACGGACCCUUUUCUGAAUGGCACCACAUUUUCAAAACAUGUGUUGUGAAGCAGGAUUUAUUCUGUCAGUUUUUAACAUACCAUAUUAAUUUCUCUAAAAUGUCCGGAGGUCGCAGCCUGUCCUCGGAGGAGGUGGUCCUCGGCUUCCUGGAGGAAGUGGAGCCGUGGCGGCUUCUGGCCCCGCAGUUCCCCAGCAAAGUGGGGGGUAGGCCGGCGUGGCUGAGCCGGACAGGCCUGCCCUCCCUACCCGGGCUACAGUGUGAGAUGUGCCGCCUGCCGAUGGCCUUCCUGCUGCAGGUGUACGGACCAAUUUCUGGUCAGGACAGAAGUUUCCACAGAACACUCUUUCUGUUCUGCUGCAAAACUCACGAGUGCUACACGCAUAACGACAGCCGCUGUUUUAAAG